CGUUUUCUUCAUUUUUCAUUUUCAAAUUCAAUUUCAGUCACAUUAUUCUUCUUCUUCCUCAGUUUCAUUUUUCCUGAUAAAUUUUCUUUAGUUAUUUCACAAUCUUCGCAGUUACUUUGUAGGAAUCAAUCUCUCUUUCUCAAAUGGCUGAACGAGUCUAUCCCGCCGAUUCACCUCCAGAGAGCGGUCAAUUUUCCGGUAAUUUCAGCUCCGGCGAGUUCCCAAAAAAACCAGCUCCACCACCAGCGACUUACGUGAUCCAAGUCCCAAAAGAUCAGAUCUACCGUCGUCCGCCGCCGGAAAACGCACAUCGCUUGCAAUACCUCUCUCGGAAAAAAGUCAAUCGCAGUCGCUGCAGGUGCUGUAUUUGCUCAAUCCUCGCCGCGAUUUUCAUCCUCAUCGUCCUCGCCGGAAUCUCCUUAACGGUUCUCUACCUCGUCUUCCGUCCCGAAGCUCCGAAAUACUCCGUUGAAGGAUUCUCAGUCUCUGGGAUCAAUCUGACGUCACCGUCUCCGAUUUCCCCCAAAUUCAACGUCACCGUUAGGUCACGUAACGGUAACGGAAAAAUCGGGAUCUACUACGAGAAAGGAAGCACGGUGGAUAUUUACUAUAACGAUGUCGAUCUCUGUAACGGUGCCUUGCCGGUGUUUUAUCAGCCGGCGAAUAAUGUAACGAUGGUUAAAACGGCGUUAACGGGAUCGAGGAUUCAGUUAACGAGUGCAAUGCGCAAGGAGAUGCGUAAUGAACUGAGUAAGAAAACGAUGCCGUUUAAAGUGAAGAUUAAAGCCCCUGUGAAGAUUAAGGUUGGUUCCGUUAAGACGUGGACGAUAACUGUUAAAGUUAACUGCGAUGUAACGGUGGAUAAAUUGACGGCGCCGUCGAGAAUUGUGUCGACAAAAUGCAGCCAUGACGUGGACCUUUGGUGAUACACUUUUUAAAAAAAAAAAAAAAAAAUUGCAAAUGUCAGAAAGAAAAAAAGAAAAAAAGA